AUCACAAACUCCAGGUGAAUCACCAACAGGGUCCUUUUCCCACUUAGAUCUGCCCUGUUGCAGAGAACGGCCGUACACUCGCUUCCUUCUUCGACUUCUUUCUCCCAUCGACCUCACGAGAAUGUCUUGAGGCGCAACCGCGUUCUGCCGUUCACGUUGUAGAAGUUGCGACGGCGAUCUCUGAGGAUGGCUGUAUCUGCGACCACGGCAGCUCAAGCAGAGCUCAUCAGCUCGCUCUCCCAAGAUGAUAUCCCGAUCAAGCUUCGAUGCGCGAUCUGUAGUAGGCUGGCUGUCAACGCGUUCCGGCUCCCAUGCUGCGAGCAAGCGAUAUGCGAGACGUGCCAGUCAACUCUCCCCUCUUCCUGCCCAGUCUGCGAACAUACUCCUGUCGCUGCAGAAGACUGCAAGCCGAAUAAGUCUCUUCGAACCACAAUCAAAGUUUUCCUGCGAACUGAGGAGAAGAAACGCGAAGCGCUUCGAUUGAAGGAGACGAAGAAUAGUGCCCCUGCCACGCCUUUGGAGGUUACUGCAACUCCAGUCGAGGCAUCUACCCCGGCAGAGGCAAUUGAGCCCAACGUAGCUGGCGCAGCAGAGACCAAGUCAGAACCAUCUUCUGCCCCUACGGGAGAUCAAGUUGAAGAGCCUCCCGCCAAUGUUGGUGCUACCGAACAAGCCCAGCAAGCUGAGGCGGACAUCCCUCAACCGUCUAUAGAGGAGAUCACGCCUGGACAGGAGCCGACAGAGGAGACUGUAGAGACCAAUGCUAAUUCCGCAGAAGAUACAGUUGCCGAAAAGGAAAAGGAACAGACCGAUGAAAAUGGCGCAAACGAUCAGUCGACCACAGGCCAGGACGUCUCACAGACACCCGGGUUUGGAACUGGAUUUGGCUUUGAUUCCAGUGCUGCUGGAGGCUUCCCUGCCAUGGGAUUUGGUGGCGAUUUCAAUCAGAUGCAGAUGAUGAUGAUGCAAAACGGCAUGGCACCAAACGCCUUUGGCAGCUUUCCCAUGAUGGGAAUGCCUGGAAUGAGCAUGGAUCCAAUGAUGAUGCAGAACAUGUUUAUGAAUGGUGGGUUUGGCGCUGCAGGCAUGAACGGCAUGAACAUGAACAUGGGUGCGGGAAUGGGUGGCUUCGAUGGCGGAGUUGGUGCAGGAUUCAAUAAUGGAUGGAACGGUCAACAAUCAUGGAAUAUCGGACCAGAUAAUUUCAAUCAUCCAAAUGCAUCAGGCAUGGGUACUGGUGAUUAUGGUUCCAAUAACUCUGGGUUCGCUUCCCAUGCUGCACGAUAUAAUCAAGGUAAUUAUGGACGCGGAAACCAAUACAAUGACUACCAGAACCAGAACUAUGGCUACCAACAGCGUGGCCGAGGUAGGGGUCGAGGAGGUUUUGGCCGUGGAGGCUACGGGUAUGGUUCAAAUGAAGCAUUCUCACAACAGUUUCCCCAGCAGUUUGGUUCAGGAGAAGGAGCCAAUGGCGCCAUGAGUGAUACAGCAUCUAUCCCCAAUGGACCGAAGGCGGAUGCGGCUCAGGCCACACCCAGUAAUGUCGAUGAAUUUGGCAGAGAGAUACGCCAGACAUCAGAAGCUAAAGACGGGGCAUCAGCCGAACCCGCCUCAAAAGACGACAACACGCCUGCUCCACCCGACAACGAUGGAACUGAAGUAAAUCAAGAUGCUGUACCAAAGGACACAUCAGCUCAGCCCGAUGACUUUACCCCAAAACCAAUUCAGACUCUGGACGAGAUUCAAGCUCCCUUCGUCCCAAACGGAUUCCAUGGCAUGUACGGCCCGUCUCGAGGAGGCUUUGGCCCAGGUUUCCCUGGACGUGGUGGUUUCAAUUCCAUGCAGCCGCCUCCCGUAAAACCGGUCGAUGUGCCUCUCAAUGCGCCUACAGGACCGAAGGCUAUGCGCGAAGGCUUGCCAAAUACUGGUCUUUCGGGGUUGAGAGGACGUGCAGCAUUCAUGCCGUCUGUUGGGAGACCAAGUUCGGUGACCAAUGGCAGUAUGAGUGCACCACCAGAGCCGGAACCAAGCGACAAAGAUGGCAAAGAGCGAGAAAGGAGUAGGUCGCCGUCGAGAGAAAAAUCUAAGGAGAGAUCCAGAUCAAGAGAGAGGAGGAGAAGCAGGAGCAGAGACAGACAUCACCGCAGGCAUAGGCAUAGGUCGACCUCCCUCUCGGAAGACGAGAAGGAGUCUGAACGACGAAGACAACGCAGAAGAGAGCGCCGUCGUCGACGCGAAGAAGAAGAAGCAGAUGAUCACGAGGAUCAUGGUUCUAGAGAGAGAUAUGCUGAUGACGACGGAAGAGACGUGGAGGAUGAAAGAUCAAGAUCCGCAUCUCCUUCUGAUUCUAAACGCUCGAGCCAUAGGAGCCGUCGAGACAGGGAUAAGUACAGAGAACGAGACAGAGAGAGCGAUAGAGAGUACAAAUCAUCCUCACACAAACACCGCUCCAGCCACCGUCACCGCGACGACAGAUCUAGAAGCCGAGAUCGAGAUCAUGAGCAUCGACAUCGCCAUACCCAUCGAGGCUCCGAGGACCCUGAAGAUAGAGCCGAGAAAACCGACAAAUCUAUACCCCCGACCCCACUCGAAUCAGAAGACGCCGCAGGCAGACCAUCAACGAGCUCUAACGCUACUAAUGGCAUCGAAAUCAAAGGUGCGAGCAGCCGUCGCAAAACCGCACUCGACGAGGUAGUCAUUCCUACGGGUCCGCGACAAGAUCGUCUCUCUGGCCGAGAACGCGAAAAAGAACGUGACAAAGGCAGGGAGAGCCGUCACCAUCGGGAUGAUGAUGAUUCCCGGCAUCGGUCCUCCAGACAUCACAAUUCCGACCGUGAAAGAGAGAGGGAGCGAGAAAGAGCCAAAGACAAAGAGAGAGAGAAGGACAGAGCGAGAGCAGCUCCUACCGCCCCCGCAGUGCAGGAUCCACAUACCCUUGAGCGAGAAGCGCGUAAUCGGGAGCGGUUACUUAAAGAAGCGCAGCGGAUAGCGGGCUUGACGGCUGGGAUGGCUGGCGCUAGGAAGCGGAGUCGUGAUGAUGGCGAUGAUGCUCGUAAGGGGAGAAAGAAGGGACGCAGAGGUACGGGUAGUGAUGAGAGCGACGAGGCGCGCAUCGCGAGGCUAGAAGCUGAGAGGGAGAGCGCGAGAUGGGAUUAAUUACACAAAAAAUUCGGGUUGCGUUGCGGGAAUAUAUACUCUGGUUGAGAGAGUAUGUUUGCUAGCAUUACCAGAGAUAGCGGAUUCAUAUUUGGGUUGAUGGGCUGAAGUGCCCUUGCCAUCGCUCUUUGGCCUUUGAAUCUGGCGCGAGAGAGAGGCUCUUUGUACGUUAUGAUAGACAAGGGCGGUAGCAUAAUAAUGCCAGUGAUUACAUAUCCUGAACCACAGCAGAUUUCUUAGAAUAAAUAUAUACGGCUCAUAUUUGGUUAGGGAGCAUUCAUUAACUCUCAUAGCUAUAUGAAAAGGAC